AUGUGCGCGCCAAGACCCGAUACGCGACGCAACCGCAUUGUAAAAUCAGUUGGUCGAUUUACGGAACAAACAACGCCUGCGGCUGCUCAUCUUUUUCCAUUGUUUUCGUUUUUCAUGACAUCUUCUGUUUUGAUGUCGUACUCUGAGUUUCCGACAUCGUCUGGAUAUGAACAGCCACCCAGCUAUGAGAUGCUCGACGGAGGAAUCGCUUCUGAACCAGUUUACGCGGAGCUAACGACUUUACGUGCGCCCCAGACUAGUAUUCCUAUUCAAAAUGUGCUUUUUACCUGUCAUUACCUCAAACUUGACGUAAUUAAACCAAACCUCAAACUUGAUAAAAUUAAACCGAGCCUCAAACGAGGGAUAAUUAAACCAACUCCUCUGAAGAGGGUAAUUAAACCAAUAGGUCCUCAAACUUGGCAAAUUAAACCUACUCAGACCGUCUGAGUUUUUCUCUUAUCUCUUCUAACUUCAUUUUUUCUUUGUUGCAGGAUACUACAGCUUUUUGUGAUACUUUGUUCGCCGAACUCGAGUCCGAUGACGAUACCUCUGAAUAGUUAGUUUCCGCGUUGAUGAUUUUAACUUUAUAUCUGAAUUCAGCGUACAAUCGGAACCGAUCGACUCUUCGGAUAGCGAGAACGAAGAAGAAGUUGAAGUAAAGUAUCCUUAUCAGAGGAAGGAUUACAGCGAGGACUUGGUUAAUAGAGUAAUUUUUGAUCAUUUUUUUUCUAUCAGCUCAACUUAUUACAGAUAAAGCAAAAGGUUGACAGCGGAUUUGCCGAUGAGCAUGAAGUUGAUGCUAUUUACGAGGUUGUUUUUUUUUUUAAAUUUUGAAUGUCUUCAGCAUCAUGACAAAAUAAUCUAAUAACUAGAAAUGGUUUAGGAAGUGCGUCAACAAGCUAUCAUUGAUCGUGAACGGGAUAAAUUGGAAAAGGUCAACCCCAAAGAUGCUGUGAAGUUUGACAAGGUUUGUUUUGAAUGAAAGAGUUAAGGUGGGAUAUAUGUACAUUAUAGACAAAUCUUUUCACUUGUGUGAUUUGUGCACGAGCUUUCAAAAAUGCAGAGCUGCUCCAGAAACACAUGCCAAGUCACAACUUAUCGGUACGCAUUUUUUAAUCUUAAAGUUUCAUCUCGUUCCCAUUUCAGGAAAGGAACUUCAAAUGUCCGAUGUGCCCCCAAAGCUACAAGUACAAAAAAAAUUUAUCCGCGCAUUUGGCCAAACAUCAAAGUUCCACUGAGCUGCGGUGCCUGGAAUGUCCCAUGAUUUUUAAGUAAGUUGUUGGAAAUGAAUUAUUUGUUUAAAAAUCAAUUUUCAAUUUUUAGGUCAUCUACGUCACUGGAAGCACAUAUGUCAAGGCAACACAUGAAAUCCGUGAAUGGUUCGGACAAAGUAGAUCUUGAAAAGUGCAAAGUUUGCGGCGUCGGUUUUCCAGAAUCUCAGAUCAAAGUAAACAUUCCUCUCUUUGUUUGAGUCUAUUCUUUGUUUGAUUCGGACGAAAAAAUCUAAACGCUCUAUGUUUCAGCGUCAUCAGUACUAUUGUGAGAACAAGGAGAAGAUUCUCGAGAAGCGACAGGUGAAAAAGGCGUCAAGUCUUCCUGCGAGUCCCGCAUUUUCUGUGGCCAGCUGCUCUUCCUCCAUCAGCGUACCGAAUAAAGUUAUCAGCCCUAAGAUUGUUUCCUAUAUCGGUGAGAAUUUUUUAUCUUUUUUAAAUUUAUAAAUAGUAAAAAUCAAAAAAAAAAAAUUAAGCAUGAUUUUUUUUGCAGACAAAAAGUGUUUAAUUUGCGGUCUGGAAUGCGCAAGUAGACAGUCGAUGUUGCGUCACAUUGGCAGAAAACAUCCAGAACAUUCUCAAAAUCCUGAAGCGACCGCCGUACGAUACGUUUCUGUCGAAUCGGUGAGAUUUUGCUAAUUUUACCAAAUUAUUGAAAAUUCUUUUAGCCAUCUCAUCAAUACUGCUGCCAGGAAUGCGGAAAGCGGUUCACGACGCGCGCGGCAAUGACUUUACAUCAAAACAGGAUACACAAAAGCGCUCUUGCUUUUGGGUGCAAAAUGUGCGACAAAAGGUAGUUUUUGGUAGUGUUAUUUGUAUAGCAUAUUAUUGAAACCUGUGGAAAUUUUUUUCCAAGAUCGAGAUUUCAUUUGCUGAGUGAGGACUAAAUAGUUCUAAAAUUUUGGAGAAAGGUUUCAAGAUAGUCUUAAAAUACUUUUUGAUACUCUUUUUUACAGUCGAAGGAAGAGUUUCUGAAAAGACGAUGUAUUCAAGAGGCUCCUAGAGUUCGAAGAAUACCCAUUCCUAUUGAAAAAUUCUAGACUUUUUACCUAAUAAAAUAAUGAUCUUUUUACAGCUAUCCUUUGGCUGCUGAACUACGGAAACACGAACGUCGCGUGCAUGGAGCUUCCGCCACCGCUUUUGAAGACCUUUGUGAAUUUUGA